GGAAUUAGGAUAAACUACCAACAGCUACGGUCGUUACACCUCAGUCCCUCAACUGAUACUUGCUAAGAGGGGAGGAGACUCAUGUUCUAUAUUUCCAUUCAUGGAAGCUUUAAUUCUUAAUCACGCCAUAUAUUCCAAACCAUCUUUUCGCGCAGACUUUUUCUUUGGGCCACCUCUACUCCAUUGCAGCUUCAAACCCACAUUUUAUCCCGGUAAUUCUGGUUUCCAAGGUUCCUACUUGAAGAGAUCUCUAUCAUUUACCGUCACUUGCAGAGUAAAGACUCCUCAAGGUAACAAGAAGAAUGAUGGCAAUAUCGCUAAGAAGAUUAUACUCUCUGAAGAAGUGCCACCGCCACUGGUGGAGGAAGGAGGCGGUGAAAAUGAAAGUCAGGAAGUUGCCGGGAAGACUGGGAAGAUGAAUGGGGUGAUGGGAUUGGUAAAGAGGUUCCCCAGAAAGGUUUUGGCGGUUCUGUCUAAUCUGCCUCUGGCUAUUGGAGAAAUGUUCGCUGUUGCUGCUCUAAUGGCUCUCGGAACUGCCAUUGAUCAAGGUGAGGCCCCGGAGUUCUAUUUCCAGAAAUAUCCUGAAGAUAAUCCUGUGUUGGGAUUCUUCACUUGGAGAUGGGUUCUUACCCUUGGGUUUGAUCACAUGUUCUCGUCUCCCAUUUUCCUUGGAACGUUGGUUCUCCUUGGAGCAUCACUAAUAGCGUGCACUUACACAACGCAGAUCCCCAUCGUCAAAGUUGCAAAAAGAUGGAAAUUUUUGCAAUCUUCUGAGGCAAUCCUUAAGCAGGAAUUUUCUGAUACUCUGCCAAGAGCAUCAAUUCAAGAUUUAGGCGUUGUUCUGAUGGGAGCUGGAUAUGAGGUAUUCUUGAAGGGACCUUCCUUAUAUGCCUUCAAGGGUUUGGCUGGUCGGUUUGCACCUAUUGGAGUACAUUUAGCAAUGCUGCUAAUAAUGGCGGGUGGAACUCUUAGUGCAGCUGGGAGUUUCCGAGGUUCAGUCACUGUGCCACAGGGACUAAAUUUUGUCGUUGGAGAUGUUUUAGGCCCAACUGGCUUUCUCUCUAAUCCCACUGAAGCUUUCAAUACAGAAGUCCAUGUCAACAGAUUCUACAUGGAUUACUACGAUAGUGGAGAGGUGUCGCAGUUUCAUACUGAUCUUUCUUUAUAUGACCUUGAUGGUAAGGAGGUGCUCAGGAAAACUAUUAGUGUGAAUGACCCUCUAAGGUAUGGAGGGAUCACCAUAUACCAGACUGACUGGAGUUUCUCGGCACUACAAAUACUCAAGGACAAUGAAGGGCCUUUUAAUUUGGCUGUGGCACCCCUUAAAAUAAAUGGAGACAAGAAGCUUUUUGGAACUUUCUUACCAGUUGGAGAUGUUAAUUCUCCUAAUGUUAAAGGAAUAUCAAUGCUUGCUCGUGAUUUACAGUCAAUUGUGUUGUAUGACCAAGAAGGAAAAUUUGCCGGAGUCCGACGACCAAAUUCAAAACUUCCAAUUGACAUUGAUGGAACCAAGAUUGUUAUUGUAGAUGCAAUAGGAAGUAGCGGCCUUGAGUUGAAGACUGAUCCAGGGGUGCCGAUUGUAUAUGCUGGAUUUGGUGCUUUGAUGCUUACUACUUGCAUCAGUUAUUUAUCUCAUUCACAGAUAUGGGCUUUACAAGAUGGAACAGCAGUGGUCAUUGGAGGGAAGACUAACCGAGCAAAAGCAGAGUUUCCAGAUGAGAUGGAUCGCUUGCUCAAUCAGAUUCCGGAAAUAGUUGAAUCAUCUACUUCCAAGUAAUCAGAUAUGCAGCGAUGGCUAGUUUUUAUGUAGAUGGAAAUGAAAGAGAAGUCAAUGAUUGGUAGUAACUGCUAAUUUGAUUUCGAGGUAGAAGGAGACCUAUUCUUUCCAUAUAAUUUAAUUCUGCAGUUUCACAAAUAAGCUGAGACACCCUGUUUCAAACUUUAUACAUCAACCAGAAUUCAGCACGCUUGGAAGAGAGCAGAUUAUCUGCUAUCGAAAGUAUAAUUUACAGGCAUUUUGGGCAAUUUGUAUUGCAAUUUCCAGUUGAAGUCACUAGGCCUUAAUGCCAUAGUUUUUUCCUUUCUUUGUUUUUAGUUGUAUAUCCACCAACUCUUAUACUUAACAUACACAAUGUAAAAGUUACGACUGAUUUUGAGUACAGCCCAUUUUUUCCAUGGAGUUA